UCAGGUGGUGACCAUGCUGAGCGACGCUGCUAAGGUGCCACACGCCUGCAACCUGUCUACUCAGUACGAGCGGAAUGGACUCUGCUGUGACAGGUGUCGUCCAGGUCAUCACAGGGUGUCCUGGUGUGACGCGAACGCUCCCACUGUCUGUGCGCCCUUGCCCUCAGGGCAGAUUCAACCCAGACUUCAACACUCUUCAUUCCUGUAACUUCUGCAAACUCUGCAACACCGGGUUUCGGCAAGUUGAACAGGAGAGGUGCACACCCAACCAUAAUUCAAGGUGCGGCUGUUGGAACGGCACCUACGAAGUGCGGAUCCCAAAAGAAGGCUCCCUGUUCUGGUGCUGCCCCCACUGCCCUGCAAGACACGAGUUGGCCAAGCAGUGUCACUACAGGGACUUCAUCAACUCGUGUGCCCCGUGUCCUCCCGGCUCCUUCAGCGACGGCUCUGGGUCCCCCUGCAGGAAUCACACGCGGUGUGAGGUGGUGAAGCAGCCUCCCACCAACACCAGUGACGCGGUCUGCGCCGACCUCACAGAUAACAAGGAUGGCUCAUCUGACAUUACUUUAUGGGCAUCAACAGCAGCAGUAGUUGUGUUGCUGAUCCUCCUGGCAUUGGGAAUUAGCUUGUGGAUUCUCAAGCGUAAGACCGCCACCACGGAGGACCCUCAGCACCGCGAGCUCUUCCUGGAGGGAAGAGACAAGAAUGGCUCUGCAAGAAACUACUUCAUCAACUGCAUCGGUCAUAAUGAGUCAUAAAUGCGCACAGAUGCACUGCAACAUCACGAAGGCAGUGGAUAUGAUAAUGGAUCUGGUUAGGUUUCCCCACUGGAACAAAACUGGGACAGAGAAUUACUCCAAGGGCAUUGAGUGCGGUUUAUGAAACAGUGAUAUGCAGGAGAGGUGUAAGCCGCGUGUGUGCGUACACACGUGCAACCAUCUACCCAGACCUUUUCACUCCAGUAGUUUAAAAUGUUAAGCGGAAUUAAUGGGGUUAAGUGGUAUAUUGUACCUGAUAAUUCACUGUUAAGUUACAUUUCAAAAAUAAUACAAAUUAUAGACACUUAGAACGUCACAGAUAUAACCUUAACUCAGCCACAUAAGAGCCAUACCUGUAUAGUGUAGCACAAGUUGGAGACGAGGUAGUUGCAGAAGGCACCUUCUUUAUUAACACUCUUGAGGUUCAACAGGUUCUCCUCGUUCCUUCUUGAUGUCGUACAGCCCAGCCUAGACACAACCCUAACCGCGUUACACUGACGACGUCGACCAAGACAGCCAAAAACUAUCCGGCCGUGCAAUUAUCGAGUGAAGGUGGCAGCGACGAAGGCUGCGAAAACGACAGCAGCGGCGAGAUGAGUCCACUCCCAGAACCGGCAGCCUGGAGCUCUCGCUCUCCACAUCUUUUAUUCUACUCGGCGCGGCCUGGCUCCACCCUGGCCGUGCCUCCCUUCUUGUACCCACGAGCGGUUUCCAGGGGCUUCCCGAUGAGGUCUUCUGUGGCCCUUGUCCCAGUUCAUCUACACCCGUGUAUAUGCUCAACGGCGUGCGUGCUAGCUGUCCACCGCAAAUGCCGCUGCUGGACAGCAGUCGGCGCUGUGUCACUACAUUUGUGUAUGAAGCAGACCGGAGUACAGGACUGUGACCACUUGCAUACACACCACGUGUACACUCGAGCCUGUACAGCAGGGGUCCCAGACUCCAGUCCUCGCGGGACCCCCACCACCACGUUUACCACUUCACUCGCCGUUCAUAUGCAAAUUAACUCGUGCCACGCUUCUCUACGCGCCCGAUGAUUGUUAAACAUAUCCCAUGUGACGAACUCGGAAAUUAACGAUAUGUGAGUCGAUUCACAUUACGAGUGAAAUCUUUGUGUGUAUGCACGUGUGUUCCACGUGACAGCAUUAUUUGCUAAGUGCGUUACAUAGCGGGGCGCCGUGUUUAACAAUCAUCGGGCACGUGCAGCGUGUUUGUUUUUGGGAAGGAGUAAAUUGGUAAACGCGGAAAGACGGAAGCGUGGUGGUGGGUGGUGAGUACAGAGCUGGAGUUUGGGCAAACCGGCUUUGUGACAUUUGCGUUCCUGCGCUUACUGCACGUGAAAGCUGGCAUGGGCAUUAACCACUGAGAUGAGCUUAAGGCUUGGUGUCACAGCGAGUGAUGUUGAUGACAUCGCUUAGGAUUACGAUUGGCAGUGCCAGCUGAGUUGGCAAUUGGAAUCUCUAUAUUAAAGGAAGGGCUGUUAAUUCGUCUUCAUAUUGUUUCACUUGAAAGAACUGCACGUCAUUCUUUCUGACAACCUUUACAAUUCAUCUCAGCUAUAUAAAGUGUUAUAUCUCUAUAUAGUGAACGUUAUUUCAAAUAACAUUUUUGGUUAGAAAGCGUAUGUGGGGGACCAAAAAUCAAAUAAAUCAGUGUUCAGAAUUCUCUACUGACAACAUCGACUCGACAAUGUGCGAAGUUCAGGUUUGUAGCCCUUGUAAACUGCCAGGUGGCUAGCCACCCCUCCCAUUGGGAGAUUAAAAAAAAGGAAUUGUAUGGGUAUGUUCACCUAACUUCAAUAUAUAUUUUACUUGCACCUUUAUACAGCGUAUAUAUUUUUACUGAUUGUUAAACUAUGUAGUAAUAAAUUUCGAUUUAAAGCUUUCGUGACUGCAGGGAUUCAUCUUCUUGGUUCUUUCGGUAAAGUCACGUAGAAGGGAAGUAAUAAAAUAAUACAAAUA